ACAUAAUUUCAGUUAAUUCACUUCCAAUCCGGAUUUUCCCUUCUUCGUGUCGACAGUUGAUCGCCGCCGUCCUCCACAGCUUCUCCUUCUUCUCUCAUAAACCCUAAAAUCUCGCCGAACCCUAAAACCCUUACCGGGGUUUCGACUUCAUCGUGAAAGAUGCAACACGACGAGGUGAUAUGGCAGGUUAUCAGGCACAAGCACUGCAGUUAUAUGGCCAAAAUCGAAACCGGAAUCUUCUGCAAAAACCCUUAUAAUGUAACCGGUGUCUGCAACCGAAGCUCUUGCCCACUUGCCAACAGUCGCUACGCCACCAUCCGAGACCACGAUGGAGUCUUUUAUUUAUACAUGAAGACUAUAGAGAGAGCACACAUGCCAAAGAACUUGUGGGAGAGAAUUAAGCUGCCUAGAAACUAUGAGAAGGCCCUUGAACUCAUUGAUAAGCACUUGUUGUACUGGCCCAAGCUGUUGCAGCACAAGGUUAAACAAAGACUGACCAAAAUGACUCAGAUGCGUAUUCGUAUGAGAAAACUUGCUCUGAAAACAAGGGAGACGAUAAUGACUAUGCCUAGGAGGAAUAUCAAGAGAGAGGCGAGAAGAGAGGAAAAGGCUGAAAAAGCAGCUGUGUUGGAUAAGGCAAUUGAAACCGAGUUGUUAGAACGUUUAAAGAAAAACGUUUACGGUGACAUAUACAAUUAUCAGGAGUCUGUGUUUAUCAAAGUUCUUGAGAAUGAAAAGGAAGUUGAAGUGGAAUUAGAAGAAGAGGAAGAAGAGGAUGAACCAGAGAUUGAAUAUGUUGAAGGCUAUGAUGAACUUGAAGAUGAAGAUGAAGAUAUAGAAGAUUUUAAUGGUCUUCCAUUUAAGGAGUCUCACGUCGACAGUGAUGAUCAUGAUUCAGAUGAUGAGGACGGCGAUGAUGCUGAGCCGCAAGUUGUGAUUCAUAAAAAGGGACGAGCUUUAAAGAAGACUGAUGAUAAUAGAAAAGCGAAGAAGAAAUCAAGAGUAGUUGUUGAGGUCGAGCAAGAUGGAGACACAAGGCAAACCCUGAAAAGCCUGAAACUUUGAGAAGAAAAGUGGAAAUUUUGAUACUUUUGAUUAGAAAAGGUAUUACUUUCCUCAUCUGUUGAGGCCUUUUGGUUUUGUAGUUCUUGUAAAAGCUAAUAUGAUCGUACUUUUAUCAAAACCAUUUAUUUUAACUUUUAAGUUACAUUUU